AUAACAAUAAAAAAAUUAAAACGGGUUUUACUAUAUGUGUAAUAGUUUUACAGAAAGGAUAGGUAAAAAAAGAAGGCAUAUUCGCAUACAUAUGUACAGUGUAGUUAAAAGGGGAUAAUGUAUUAAUACUUAACUCAUAAAAACAACCAAUUAACAUUAACCUUUUAAACCAAAUUUCAAUUACAUAUAUAACUAAUAAAAUUAAAACAUUGGCUGUAUUUUGAAUUAUUUAUGUAUUAGUUAGUAACCGCAUUGAUACGUAUGUCGGCCAUAUUUCUGAUACAACCAUGAAAAUAAAGGCGUUAUAAACCGUAAUGACUAUAAAAACGACUGACAAAAAUAGCUUCAUAUCGAAGUAAAAUACGUGUGUGUAUUCGAUUUCCGCGUAUUAUUCACGUCGGUAGGUAAAUUCAUGCUUAAUUAGCAGCUGUUGUAAGUAAUACGAGAUGACAGCUGCUGUUUAAAAAUAACAGGGUUUGAAAAAUUACACAGGUGCACGUAGUACACAUCCGCGCGUGCCAAAUUUUUAGUAUUUCUCAGGUGGAGCGCUUUCAUGCGUGGCGGGUUUUGAGGCAAGCGUCACAGAAUUUCAAUCACGCCUUCGGUAGCUGGAAAACUCCAUCCAUAAUUUAGUGCAGCUUAUCAAAUAUUAAUGUCUUGUAAAUCAAUCGACAAUAAAAACACGGCGGACCGAACAAGCCACCGGUCCUCUAGAUUGUUAUCCAAAACGGGAAAGGGUUAAUAUUCUGUCCGCUAAUUAGAAAAUACCACGCUUAAUAGCAAUGUACCGCCCAUCAUCGAUUGCAUUAGCCGUUCGAUCCAUUAUGUGAAAAUUGGGAUUGAAUGUGAAUAGCUAUAAAGCAGCAACGGGUGGGGACUCAGCUGUGAGGUUAAUACAGGCCGAUCGAAAACGUUCGCGGGUUAUUGCCUGAUCAGAAGUUACGUCUGCUUUUUAUCUGUCGCUCGUCGAAUUCGAGGUGCCCGGUGCGUCGGCGACGAUGCCUUUCAUCUUCGUGCGGAAACAAUGCGCUUCGUUACGUCACAAACCCCUGGUAAGGAAAGUUAUUUUAAAGCGACAGGAUGCGAUUUUGACUUGGACAGAAAUAUUUUUUCAAUAUGUUGUUGAAACACAAAACCGUCUGUCCAAGAUAAACUAAUCCGGUUAAAUCCAGUUAUGAUGACGUAAUCUGAUCUGGCUCGGAUUGCGCGCGCUGAAAUACAUCGUGUGAGGAAGGAACAUUUUCGGUGAAUUAAUUUUCAAAAUUCAUUGACAUAUACUGAUGGUGCGCGAACCUCUUGGGAAUAAUGGGUAUUGUGACGACAUCAGGCAAGAAGAAAUAACCGACUUCGUCAAGAGACAACUAAAAGUCGAGGUUUUUCGCUUUUUGAAUCAUCAGAUCCUGGGCUGUGCGCAAGGAAAUAACAGACGUAUAUUUUCAUCUAAAAGCCAUCGUCGGUGUAGGGCAGACAGGCGAGCGAAUAUUAGAUCGUAUUUGGCUAGAAUGAAUAAUUCAAUGCGCCACCACCGACCAUUGUCUGGUGUGUUUAAAAUUUGAUCGUUUAAGAUUCUUCGUUUUGGAAAGACAUAAGCGUAAUUUGAAAAUUUUUAAGUUUUAGAAGGUCAAUUUUUUAUUGAAUUUGAAAUAAAUUUGGGGAUCAGUGCAUCGUGUGUUGGCUAAAGUGAAGUUUUUAAGCCAGAGGUUGAAUAAAGUAACGUUUUAUGAAGAACGCGUUGCGAUCUAAAGUAAAAAACUAAAUCGAAAAGUUUUAUACUAUUGACGUAUUGAGUUUUUUGACAAAUAUUCGUAGUGGGUUUGCUUAAUAAAGCUGGUUUGGACAUCCGACGUUCUGAAAGAAUACAUACAGAGACCAUACAUUUUUUGAAUUUCAGAAGUGUUGCCAGGUAUUAGGCUUGUGAGAAGAAGAAUAGGAAAUAUUGCAGAGAUGUUGGAAUCACAGGCAACACUGGCAUUCCACGUCAACAAAUUCUACAACGAGCAAACGGUGCCGAGGAAGAUGGGAGUGACACAAACGGUGCGGGAGGUAGCGAAGAUUGUGUCCUGUGUGUUGAAAGAGGUCGAAAUACAAGAACCCAGGUUUAUAAGCUCUCUAAACGAAGCGGACGGUCGUUUGGAAGGACUCCGUGUCAAUUCGCCCACCGAGUUUGAAGUUGUUCUUUUUCUCAACCAAAUGGGAGUUUUUAACUUUGUGGACGACGGUUCCAUACCUGGGUGUGCUGUGCUAAAACUUAGCGAUGGGCGGAAACGUAGCAUGUCGCUAUGGGUGGAAUUCAUCACCGCUUCAGGGUACUUGUCGGCCAGGAAAGUUCGCUCCAGGUUUCAGACGCUUGUGGCGCAAGCCAUCGAGAAGUCACAUUACAGGGAUCUUGUGAAGCUGGCGCAAGAUACAACUGAAGUUCGGAUGAUCAUGAGAGACAAUAUAUCGGUUCGAGUCACACCAGCAUUCAAGUGUGGCGGCAUAUGGCCACGAAGUGCGGCGCAUUGGCCCGAACCUCGCUCUACCUGGCCCAGCCCAAGCAGGGUGGCCGAAGUGAAAGCGGAAGGGUUUAAUCUAUUAUCUAAAGACACUCCGACCGGAACGGGCAAAAACAGCACUGCGGAGAGCGACGCGUGGGUGAUGUCGUUUGCAAACGCGGAGGAUAGAUUGGUGGGAGGGGGAAGUAGAAGAAAGAGCUUAUCCAUUCUCAAGACGCUCAGAGAUAGGCAUUUGGAUUUUACCGGGAGUCCCCUAUCUAAUUACCAUAUGAAGACACUGCUGCUGUAUGAGAGCGAGAAACACCCACGUGACGAGGAAUGGACCAAUGAAUGCGUCGGAGACAGAAUUCAGGGAAUCCUAUUACAGUUAGUGUCGUGUCUACGUUGUCGAAGGCUGCCGCAUUAUUUCCUGCCAGGAGUUGACCUGUUCGCCUCCUGCACCCCGGGUUCGCUGGAUAUGGCAGCGAGGCAAGUAUGGUGUCUUGCGCGAGAGAUUAUCACAAACAGCAAGAGUUUCGACCACUUGUAACAGAGAACACAACACAAGCAUAUCAUCACGGAAAAGUUAGAUCCAAGUGCACGUUUGUUGCGUUUCAUUGAGUUGAAAAUCUAACAAAACUAAAACACUAAAGAGAAGAAAACCUUCCUAUAGUUGUGGAGUGUUUUCUAAUUAUGACGUCACAGGCAUUAUUAUGACGUCACUAAACCAUAGUUCCACUGUCGUACACUGUUGACGUCAUUCCGAAAAUUACUGUGAGCAUUUUACUGUGUCGGAAAUAAAACGUAAAAACAGCUCACCGGUGUUGUAACAUGAAACAGCGUUUUUAUCGACUAGUUGCUUUCAAAAACAGAAGUUUGACAAUAUUUAUGUAGAAUGCACUUUUUGCUAUAUAGUGACACCCUUCAUCCAGAGGGUAUAAGUUAUAAUCCCACCAUAAUUAAUUCGCAAAAAAAACGGUCGGUUUUUUCAGCACAGAUUGAUGAAAUUGAUUCCCCUGUCAUCUGGACGGGAUUCGAACCGGCGAAGCGAGUGAUUAGAAUACUGAACGGGUAUUAACACGUCAUAUUAGAGGAUUAAUUAUUGAUCGUACUGGUCAAAAAUCAAUUAGGAGUAUGAGGCGCGAAUAAGCAAAAACAUGACUUUAAAACCAACUUCGGUUACAACCCGCAUUAAAGGAUAAAUAAUUGCGAAACGUGAAUUUGACUAUAGUGUAUAAAAUAAUAAAGCUAAAAUAUCAAGAAUUUUAACUAGUCAUCAUAUAGCGCAGUGCAUAUGUCUUAUUAAACGCUUGUAUACUAAUAUUCGAGUUCGUUUAAAAAACAACAGAGUUUACACGCUGAGGGUAUUUUUGCGUUCCUUUUAAAAAAAUGCUGAUGUUUUUAGUUUAAACCUCUUUUCGAAUUAUUAAAUAUAUAUCCAAACAAAUCUGCAUGCUGAUGACAGUAAAAUAUUAAAACCUUAAAUUAAAUAUAGAAAAUUUAAAAUCAGAAAAUAGAAAAUAUAGAACUUGAAAUAAUAUACCUAUUAACUACCAUACCCUACAACGUAGACCAACCACACGCACCCUGCGCCCAUUUAUAAUUAAUACAAAGUGUAAUUUUGACGUCAUAAUAAAUUAACAUGACGCGGAGGUGACCGCGGUUCAAAGGUCAUGACCUUUAGAGUGAGUGGCGGGAUUUUUAAUGUCAGCUC